AGUUGGUUAAGGGGACAGAAGUGACAAGAAAGCACAGCUUGUACUGGUGGAAAGGACAUACUGCAUGGUCGUGGUUGUGCAUAUUGGAAGGGGAAUUUUUCCUCUAUCCAAUUACAAUAAUGUCUAAAAGCACGAACACAACUCACCCAACGUCGGCCACCACCACCCACAGCUCCACCGGCUCAGUGAUCCUCGACUGGAUUAACAGCAUUUUAAACCGCAUCCCUUUACCACGAUGGGCCAUCUACACAUUGUUUGCUGUGGGACUCUUCUUAAUUCUUCUGUUAAUAAUCUGCUGUUGCUGCUGCUGCUGCAAACGGAAGAAGAAAAACAAGAACGAUAAGGAGGCACUCAAACUUAAGUCUUUAAAGAACAGCACUGUUGCAAGCAUGGUCCAGCCAGAUGUAGAAGGUCUUAUAGGAUCAAAGGAAAAUGAUUACCGUGGACGACUGCAAUAUUCUGUGGAGUAUAACUUUCAGAGAGAGGAGAUAACUGUGGCAGUGAAGCAAGCUGCUAACCUGAAGGCUAUGGACAGCGGAGGAACAUCUGACCCAUAUGUCAUAGUCUUCCUCACUAACGACAUCCGCAAGAAAAAUGAGACCAAGGUGUACCGCAAGACACUCGACCCUACUUUCAACGAGUCAUUCACCUUCAAGCUCCUAAAGUCGGAAAUAGAAGAUACAGAGGUUGUGAUGCAGGUCUAUGACUUCAAUCGUUUUUCAAAGCAUGAUGUUAUCGGUGAGGUGAGGCUGCCUCUGCGGGACAUGAAUCUACAGCAUGUCAUCGAAGAGUGGAAAGAGCUGAAUUCUGCAUCAUCUACGAAGCAUGAACGGCUUGGAGAGAUCUGCUUCUCACUAAAAUACAUCCCGGUGACCUCAAAAUUAAUCGUUGUUAUCCUUGAGGCAAAGAAGCUUAAGAAAAUGGACAAUGAUGGACUUUCAGACCCAUACGUAAAGGUGCAGCUUGCUCUGAAUAAGAAGAAGUGGAAGCGUAAGAAGUCACGAGUGAAGAAGAACACGCUGAACCCAUACUUUAAUGAAGAGUUCACCUUUGAUGUGACUUUGGAACAAAUUCAGAAUGUGGAUCUUAUCAUCUCUGUGUGGGACCACGAUAAAGUCAAUAAGAAUGAGCCAAUCGGGAAGAUAUUUCUUGGCUGUCGAGCUUCUGGAAACGCUUUAAGACACUGGUCGGAUAUGCUUGCACACCCACGAAGACCAGUAGCUCAGUGGCAUAAUCUUCAGCCAGCAGAGGAAGUUGAUAAGACCCUUGCACUGAAAUCUCAGUUAAAACUCCCUCUACCCAGAAGAUAAUGGAACUCCAUUGAUGAGGUUUCUAAAGUCUGAAGAUUUACCAAAGAGUCAGACAAUGGGAUACACUUUUUCUGAGGUUCCAAAUAUCUACCAGUAACUCAUACAUCGGUCACCCAAGUGGUUCACUUACAGUUCCAUUGGACAUUUAGAAUCCACUCAUAUAAUGACUCCACCCAAAUAAUACUUAGAAAGGAUUACUUACUCCAGGAUCAGGGUUGUCACAAUACCAACAUUUGACCUUCGAUUUCGAUACCAAGUAAAGUAUCACGAUACUUGAUACCAAAUCGAUAUGAUGUAAAAAAAUAAUAAUAAUAUAAAUUAUAAAUAUAAAAACCUUCCAUUAUUUGAAUGUGCCAGCAUAUGGAGUUAAUGUGUGAGGUGGUACAUGAUUGGGUUAAUGUGAAGCACAUCAUGGAAAACUAGAUUGAUAAAACCAUGUGCCUCACAUUAAUAGUAACCCAACUAAGUACUCAUCACGUAAUGGACAUAAUAGGCAACAUGGGGUUAAUUUGUGGAGGUACAGGAUGGACUUGAUAGGGCCACUUACUAUGAGGCACAUGGAGGUACUAAAGUAAUAACACCCUGUGCCUUGUAUUACUAAUAAGUGACCUCCACCAUUUAUCUCACAUGAUGGCAAGUUGGCUUCAUUGGGUUUAAUGAGUCCUUGGUCUCCUCUAUCACACUGGGGCCCCUGAGUUCUUUUAUUUAUUACACUGGCGCUGUGCUUGGUAAGCUGCGAGAAGGCAGUGGAGCUGUCAAACAGCUGGUCAGCGGGGGUCCUGUCCUGGUAUCCCGAGGAUAGGUCAUCAGUAUUUAAAUCUUGGGAAACCCUUUUAACUGCCCAGGUAUUCAUAAACUGUGAAUUAGGGAGAAGAACAUAUACAGUAUAUACAGUAUUACUACCUGCAGCACCAUCUGUCAUUGUGUAUAAACAUAUCUGUGUGUGUUUGUUUAUUUUACACUAAACUUUAUUAACAACAUCACCCAGAGACAGGCAACCAUUUUACAACAUCACCUAGAGACAGGCAGCCAUGUAAGUGCAAACAGUGAUGUAGUUACUGUAAUAACCACAAUAAAAAUAAUAAUUUCAACACUAGUCCUACUUAAUUAUCACAUGGAUGUGUCCUGUGUGCAUGAUUCAGCACAUUUAACGCUGCUGCUUACUGAAUGUCAUAAAUGACAUGAUGUGUAGGGUGUUAUGCCAUAGAUACAUUACACAGGACUGAUACAUGGGUUAUACCAUUUUACAGUAUAUAAGGGUCAACUGUCAUAUAUACGAA